AUGUCGACUAAACUGCUAAAUAUCGCCGGCCCGGUUUUGAAGUGUUUGAAAACUUUGCAAAGCUGCCAGGCGCGAGGGUUUAGUAUGGGAGCUGCUGCCUUUGCUUCAGUGAAUCUAAAAGGUCGCAGUUUUCUGACUCUGAAAGAUUUCAACCCAGAUGAAAUCAAGAGACUCUUAUGGGUUUCAGGAGACCUGAAACAUCGGAUCAAGGACCAGAAAGAGUAUCUGCCUCUUCUGCAAGGAAAGUCUAUUGCUAUGAUAUUUGAAAAGAGAAGCACCAGAACCAGGAUGUCUACAGAAACAGGUUUUGCGUUACUGGGUGGGCACCCAUGUUUCCUCACUUCUCAAGACAUCCACCUUGGGGUAAACGAGAGUUCUACUGAUACAGCGAGAGUUCUCUCUGGGUUCUGUGACAUUGUCUUGGCUAGAGUGUAUAGUCACUCCACACUUGAGGAGCUAGACAAGGAUGCUACUGUUCCCAUCAUUAAUGGCCUCUCUGACCUCUACCACCCAAUCCAGAUUUUGGCUGACUUCCUAACUUUGCAGGAGCAUUAUGGGUCCCUUAGUGGCCUGACUGUGAGCUGGAUCGGUGAUGGGAAUAAUGUCCUGCACUCCUUCAUGAUGUCUGCAGCCAAGCUUGGUGUUAAUCUCAAAAUUGCUACACCCAAGGGGUAUGAGCCAGAAAAAAGUGUAGUCCAGGAGGCACAAAGACUCUCCAAGCAGUAUGGCACCCAGCUUGUUAUGACCACUGACCCAAUGGAGGCGGCUCAUGGAAGUAAUGUUUUGGUCACUGACACAUGGGUCAGCAUGGGGCAAGAGGAGGAGAAGAAAAAGAGGCUCAAAGAUUUCCAUGGUUACCAGGUUACGAUGCAGACUGGAAGCGUGGCCAAACCAGACUGGACUUUCCUGCAUUGUCUCCCUCGUAAAAUGGAGGAGGUGGACGAUGAGGUUUUCUACUCCUCCCGCUCCCUGGUUUUCCCAGAGGCAGAGAAUCGCAAGUGGACAAUCAUGGGUUUGGUGGUAUCUCUGCUGAUGGAUUACUCACCUCAGAACCCAGUGCCAAAGUUUUAAUUUCAGGUUUUAUUCAUGACCUGUUAUACAUAUCUAUAAUUAAGCUUUACAUUAUCUUCUCACCAUGCAUUUUUUGUACACAGUUAAAGUGUGUCUCUUCACGGUGGAAAUUGUUUCUUUUUAACUGUUGUCAUGGUUACGCCUACAAAAGGUGUUUGGCUGUUUUGCAGGAUCACUGAAAAAAUUCAACUUUUUGUGAAACUUUGCUCAAAUGAUGUAUAGGAUUAUUAGAAGAACCCUGAAAAUGGUUAUUCAAAUCUAGAAAUUAUAACUUUAUCGUUUCUAAAUCAGUUUUUCAUCAUUUUCAGCAUUGUUGUCAUUGACACAGAAACAAAUGAAGCGGAUAGAGUUAUCAAAAGUUUAUUUAAUGAAAUUGAAACAUGUACAUGUGAUACUGGGGGGAUUUAUGCUCUUGAAGAAAAUACAUUUUUUUUUUCUGACUGUCACUUAAAAUGGAAAGGAUCUGCUCCCCCCCCCCAUGUAAUGUACAUCAUAGGUGUCUUUGGCUUCCCUCGCUAGUCUCAUUCUUGGACUCAGUUUUUGAGAACUGCCUGCUCCAGACAGAUUUUCCAUACAGUACCACCCUGUUUAUUUUCUUCAUGAUUGAUGGAAAUAAAGUCCAGUACAAAUUAA